AUGAGAAUAUUGAUUGUAAUAAUUAUAUCAGUUACUCUAAGUGCAUUCUAAGCCAGUUAGAAUAUUAUUCAGGAUCCUCCGAGAACUGAUUUUGUAGAAAGAGUGGUAAUAAAUGAGAUUAAAUAGGACGUAGUUGAUUAAUUGGAUCUGUAUUCGUAAACUCCAUUCGUAGAUUAGAUCAAUGCUUAAGUGGAAUCAUUGUUGAAAGUCAAUGAAAUGCAAUAGAACCAUUCUGAAGAUCCCUCACAAUAUCCCAUCAAAUAGGAAUCCAUACAUUCAGUGUAAUAUUGGCUAGACAAAUUAGAUAAUGAUUAGCUCUCCUAAGAGUUAUCAACCUAAAAUGAUAUCAAUAACCUCUAAUAAGACCAAGAACAACAACUAAAUCAGCCAGAUUAGUCUACUCAUCAUAGCAGAUUGGCUAAAUAUAUAUAAAUUCAAUAAGUAGAGCAACAGUAGCAAUCAGAAACACUCCCAGAUAACUCCAAUUCCAAAGUUGAGGAGACUAACCCUCUCAAAUUGAUGCUCCUCUAUUCCGAUAAUCCCAAAUAAUACAAUGAUGAAAAUGAUUCACGCCAAAUCCUUAUUACCAAUGAACAAAUUUUAGAUCAACUGGAAAAAGAAAAACAAGAUAAGAUCCUCAAAAUGCAGAGUCUUAUUAUAGAACAACUCAAAGACAAAAAACCAGAACCUAUUAAGCAGGAGAGUUUCUUAGAAAGGGAUUAUAUCGAAUGGGAAAUGAAAACAUUGACAAGUAACAACAAUUUGAGGGCUAAAUGA